AUCCCCUCCCCCGCCUGGCCCCUUCUCCCACCCUGUCCACCACUCGGUUCAGACUCAGUGCUCUGGGGCUGGGCCUGGGCCUGGCCAUGCAGCAGCUGGGGGCCCCGCUCCAGCCAGCGUCUCCCAGCAGCGAGGGCCCCUCACCCGCCCCCUCUCUCCCGCCACAGAACCAGCCCCACCGAGCCACUGCGGGGGCAGAGCUCCGGCCGCCCGCCCCCCAACGUGGUGUUCGUGAAGACCCACAAGACGGGCAGCAGCACCCUGCAGAACAUCCUCUUCCGCCUGGGCGAGCGGCACAACCUCACUGUGGCCUUCCCCCGUUACACCUACCAGUUCGCCUACCCCCAGCGCUUCGCCCCCGCCUUCGUGGAGCCGCUGCCGCCGGGCGCCGCCCGCUACAACCUGCUGCUCAGCCACCUGCGGCUGGCAGCCGGCGAGGUGCGCCGGGUCAUGCCCCCGGACAGCCUCUACCUCACCAUCCUGCGCGACCCCGUCCGCACCUUCCAGUCCGUCUUCGCCUACUACCGCAGCACCGUGCCCGCCUUCCGGCCCCUGGCCAACCACACCCGGCCCCUGGCCGCCUUCCUGCAGGCCCCGGCGCGCUACUACGACCCGGCCGACAUGGGCAACGGGCUGGCCAGGAACCCCAUGGCCUUUGACCUGGGGCUGGAGGCCGGCGGGGAGGAAGGGGGCAGCCGAUGGGACCAGGAGCUGGAGCGGCUCAACCGGACCUUCCACCUGGUGCUCAUCGCCGAGCACUUCGACGAGUCCCUGGUGCUGGCGCGGGAGCUGCUGGGGCUGCACCUGGAGGAGCUGGCCUACGUGCGGCUCAACGCCCGCCGGGGGGCCGUGGACGAGGCCUCGGCCCCGGGGCUGGCGCGGCGGAUCCGAGCGUGGAACUGGCUGGACGUGCGGCUCUACCAGUACUUCCGGGCUGUGCUGUGGCGCCGGGUGGAGCGUUACGGCUACACGCGCAUGAAGGGCGAGCUGGAGGCCCUGCGCUUGCUGCUGCGGGAGACCCGGGAGACCUGCCUGGCCGGGGAGGCCGUGGGGCCGGAGGAGACGGCCGACGAGCUGCGGCCCUGGCAGCCCGACUCCGCCACCAUCCUGGGCUACAACCUGCGGCCCAGCCUCCCCCCCGGCCCAGUACGCCCGCUGCUACAGCCUGGUGCUGCCGGAGCUGCAGUAUCACGCCCGCCUCUACUACCGGCAAUACGGCAGGGAGCUGUGCUCCCUGCCAUGUGACUAGUGGGGACAGGCCAGGGGGCUUUGAAUGUCCACCAGCGAGCCCCAGGGCCCAGCCGCCUGGCCCUACAGCCCCUCUCUGACCCACAGCCCACGAGUCGAGCAGGCGAGCCCAGCACGGCAGGACAGCUGGGCUUUGUCACUGCCCCAUCCCCACUCCGGGCCUGAGAUCCCCCCCAUUUCGCCUAGCUAGACUGAGCCCUUCAGGGCUGCCCUCAGCGGGACGGGGACCACGAGCUUAGCGUGUGCAGCGCCCACCCCCACCCCCU